GUCCAAACUAGCCGUUAAGAAACCUGUUGUUAACAUUCUCAAUCUUUCCGUAAAGAACUUUCUUUAAAGUAAAGCUUACGAACUGCGUACAUUUGUAACACAUAAGAGAAUGUUUACAACCUUACUUUUUGCACUUUGUGCACUCCUGAGUUGGGUGGCUGCUCAAAUGUUUAUACCACAGCCAUACAACGCACAAUCGUUCGACUCGGAUCCUACGAUGAGGACUUUUAACAGUGGCCAAGAAACCGGUACAUUCUUUUCGCACCCGGGCUUUUCUAGCAAACCGCGACAGCCGUACGUCGCCGGAACAAAGAAGCGAUUUAUUAUUGCUUUGCCCACGCAUUGUCGCGCCCUGCUGUCUCUGGACAUGACCAGCACCAGCAAUUUUAACAUUCGUGAUUAUGACUUUGGAGUGAUGUUCGACGGGAAACUGGCUCAGAAUUUGGGAACGUCCAUGUGUGACCUCAAUAAUUACGUUAAACUCCAGCAAAAGGGCGUUAAUUACCAGUCGGUGUCCACUUCCGACAUAUCGGCAAACCGAACCUAUUUGAGCAGUACCCAUGUGGCGGUGUUUGACUUUUGCGUUGACCCGUACAACAGGGAUACCGACAUGACGCGCAGAUUGGGAUUCUCCAUCAACUGGAGCUGUAUUCGCAGUCCGGCGAUUCCAAUAACAGUACAGACGACAACCACAGCGCCUGUUAACGCUAAUUGUGGUGUUCCGUUGGGCACAGGCAAUCGACCAGCUUCCAUGUUCCAACGCAUUGUCGGCGGGGUCACGGCCGCACCUCUCGCCUGGCCUUGGGUGGUUGCUUUGGUUAUUGCCGGACAAAAACAGUUUUGCGACGCUAGUGUGUUAAACAAUCAGUGGGUUAUUACCGCCGCGCAUUGCGUUCAACCCUAUGACGAAGGACUAUUCCAGCAAUACGUACAGGUUUAUUACGGCAACCAAAAUUUGUUGAAGGUUUCCGACAGCCAGAAAGCCAGCAUCGCCCGCGCUAUUUUCCAUCCAAAUUACGAUAAGGAAGGCAACAAAAACGAUGACGUGGCACUGAUUAAACUAACAGCUCCCAUUCCUAACUUCCCUAAUUCCAUGGUGUCACCUAUCUGUCUGCCCAGCCAGGCGAUCGGGACUUUUAAAGCGCAGUCAUCUGGUAUCAAAGGUCGACCGGAUGCGUAUGUGGCCGGGUGGGGGACUCUGUCCUAUAAACAAAAUAAAAGUGACGCAGUAAUUGGAUCCGGUAGUGAUCAGCUUCGGCAGACCAAUAUAGAAAUAUUUAGCAACAGCGAAUGUCACACGUCUGACCCUCGCCAGCCAGACAAUGCGAUUUGUGGAGGCUUGGACCAAGGGGGACGGGACUCUUGUCAAGGUGAUUCUGGAGGACCUCUCGUGAUGGCCGAGCCACCCAGUUACAGCAGAUACUCGCUAUACGGAAUUGUUUCGCAGGGUCGGGGCUGUGCCGUUGCUGGUGAGCCUGGAGUGUACUCCGAUGUUUUCAAGCUAAAAAAAUGGAUAACGGACACAAUGGCCUCUAACUAGUAAAUUUUUGUAUGGCCUAGUGUAGUCUGGAUACGACUGCACAGAGGUUUUUGCAGAUUUUUUUCUUAAACUGUUUAUUCACAAGGCCAGAUCCGUAACUGACCAGUAAAACCCUGUACUUCAGAUGAUUGGUUGUUCAAAAUACGUAUGUUUUGUGGUUUGUGCGCCUUCUUGCACCAGAUGUAAAUUUCGCAUUUUACUCAUGUUAGUGAUGUACGAAAGCAGUACGGUCAUUACUGUAAUCGAUUCCUACCAUAGAAACUGGCUUCACCUUCUGGAAGCGGCCUCUGCAAUUUGCCUUUUUAAAAAUCUUACAGAUUUACUUUGUACUGUACUCAAACAGGAGAAAUUUUUUCCUGAUGAGUAAAUUAGAACUUGUAUAUCAUUCUGUUUGUGGUCCACGCGGUCUAUAGCUCUGCAUGUGGUUAGCAUGAACCAGUUUAUUCGUAAGCAAAUG